GCUGCCCCGCCCCCGGAGAAGAUGGCGCUGCGAGCGGCCAGAAGCGUGCGAGCCGUGGCCUCGUCCCUGUGGGCGGCGGCCGGGGCUGAGACCCCCGGGUCCCCGGUCUCCCUCGCAGCCACCCCCGUGCGCCUCCGGGCCCACCCUGGCCCAUGCUCCUCUCCCUUCCUAGCGGCCGCCGCCUCCCGGGGCCUCUGCACCAGCGCCCUGCGACUCGCCGUUCGAAAGUUCACAGACAAGCAUGAAUGGAUAUCAGCUGAAAAUGGUAUUGGAACAGUGGGAAUCAGGAAUUUUGCACAGGAAGCAUUGGGAUAUAUAGUUUACUGUAGUCUUCCAGAAGUUGGAACAAAAUUGAACAAACAAGAUGAGUUUGGAGCUUUGGAAAGUGUGAAAGCUGCCAGUGAGCUCUAUUCUCCACUAACAGGAGAAGUAACAGAAAUUAAUGUAGCUCUUGCAGAAGACCCAGGACUUGUCAACAAAUCUUGUUAUGAAGAUGGCUGGCUGAUCAAGAUGACUCUGAGCAACCCGUCAGAACUUGAUGAGCUGAUGAGUGAGAAUGCAUAUGAGAGAUACAUAAAAUCUAUUGAGGAUUGAACACUGGAUCCCCAAAUAAAUUAGCAUAAGAAUACAGCCCAGUAUAGUUUUGUCCUAAACUAGUGGUAUAUGGAAGGUUAGCAAUUUUAACACUUCUGAAACAACACCAUGGCAUGGAAGAAAAUCUUAACUACUCAGAAAUGACUGGAUAAAAAUGCUUUUUGCUAUUUGCACCUUUUGCACAACUUCUUCCUUGUAAUUUCAAGUUAGUGUCUGUCUAGUUCUGAAUUCAUCGCAUCAUGUGUGGUAAAAGUGAAUUUUAAGACCAUGUACUUCAGAGCUAGAAUUUUAUCUGUAAAAAGCCUUAAAUCAGUAAUGUAAUGGCCAACUUCAUCCAUCACCAGUAUUGUUCGAAAUACAUUUGGUUUUCUGUCCAUAGGAAUAAUUUACUGAGAUUGGUUAACUGGAUGGUGUCAGAUGCAGUACAAUACCAACUUAAUUUUUUAAUAAACUGCUUGGCUGAAGCUAUUUUAUACAGAUGAGGCUUCAACCUUGCAGCAGACUAGGUAAUGAAAUUUAAUAAACUUUUUA